AUGGUGGAUGAUGCCGCGCCAGAGACCCUGCCAGGCCGAUCGAUCACUCUCGAGGAUGAACAACAGGAUGGCAGAGGGUUUCCGGAGUCGUCGCAGCAAGUCGACGGCCCGGAUGCGAGGGGCAGCAGGAGGAGGCGACGAAGAAAACACCGGAAGAUCAAUCCGGGCCUGGCAAGGAAGUUCGACUUCAUGACCCAACUACUACGGAACCUGGACGCUCUAGUCUAUGCGGAGCUUUGCGCUCUAUAUUACAUGGAAUGCUCCAUCUUGCGUUUUGCGGUCCGUGUCUAUGGGCAACAUCAUUGGCUGACGCCCAAGCCCGACGACUACCCGUUGACUAUGGAGGCGGCCCGGUCGCAGGUCAUAUCGGUGUUUGUCCCGAACCUCCUCUGUAUUCUCCUGCACAUCUUUACAUCAUUACCCACAGCUGGCGAAGCUACUCGCGGGUAUCUCCAUGGAGGUGUCAUUGUCGACUUCAUCGGACAAAAGCCACCGACCUCUCGGCUUACGUUUCUGGCUUUUGAUUGCAUCAUACUAGCCAUCCAGUGUUUGAUGCUGGCGGUCCAUUCCGAACGAGAGAAACUGCGUCCCAUUGUCCGGCCCAUACUCUUUCGGCUACCUCCGGCAAUACAAGAGACAAUCGCGGCAGCAUCAACCCAAGACCACGAUGCUGAGGAACGAGGGGUCCUGAGGGAUUCUCCUGACUUGGAAGCUGAAGGCGCCAACGGCAUAGAGCUGCAGCCUUUACGGCCCAACGGCGAUGGCGACCAGGGACACGAUGCUGAACGAAGCCGGCCCUUGCGAAGUCGCUCGUCCCUUCACGCCGCAGGUGGGAUGCAUCUGUUCGAUGUUCUCAGCUCGGGGAACGGGAUGGUGGGAGAGUUCCAUAUAUCUCAUACCAUUAGACACGCCACGACAGAUUAUUGGGGGGCGGCAGGUCAUUCGCUCCAAACACUGGGUUACACAGCGGCAUUGACGAGACUUUCAGCAAUGAGGAGGAUGCCUCAAUUAGAGCGCAAUCAGAGGAACCAGAGGUAG